AUGGUAGAGUAUGCGAGACCACGGAAGUACCUAGUCCCUGACCGGAAACUAGGCGACGCAGUUUCCUUCCUUGAGGGUGACGAGAGGGAAGGGUUUCUAGAUCUCGCCAAGGGAAUGCUUGUCUGGAAUCCAGAUACGAGGAAAUCAGCAGGCGAACUGAUAGUUCAUCCUUUUCUUCAACCAAAGCAAAUAAGUGCCCGAUUUCUGGCAGCGUUUGCCGGCGGAUUGACUCGAACCCGUGGUUGA